AUGGCAGCCAACCCCAAUACUCCAGGACAUCGGGCCAGGCAGACUACCCAGGAGCGCACGGCAUCGCAAAUCCAAGCCGAGCUUCGAACAGUCAAUCAACAACUUCAGCAAAUUGGAAUCCGUGUAAAGGAGUCGAAUCCAUAUAAGGAAAUGGAGAAAGCUCGAAAAGCGCUGAGUACCACCACUUUAAAAAUAGAAAAACAUCGAGCCGCCCAGUUGGAACGCCCUUGUCCACCGGAAUGUCCCAUGGAGCAGCUUCUUGGUGUCAAAGAAAACGAACAAGCAGAAAAAUUCAACGAAAAAGUCUUAGCCUAG